AUGGAUAAGCAAAGUGGUGUUAGUGCUAAAAAAGAAGAACUUCGAAGACAGUUUCUUCAUAUAAAAGAUGAACAUCAUAUCACCGAUUCAGCUAUCAAAGCUAUGUAUAAAUUUUUUCAUGAAAACAAUGAAACUUUUUAUUCAAUGGCAGAGAUUGAGCAAGUACGAAAUAAAGCUAACCAGAAAAUUCCUGUAACAUUCACAAAAGAUUCUGCCUACGUGCCAUUUGAUUUUGCUUUACGAACAGCUAUUUUUGUAGCUAAUAAAUUUCGUCCUGAUCUUUUACAGUUAAAUCAGCUUUCCUUUCGCUUAAACAUGGAUGGUACUUUGAUAGGUAAUAAACAUGUUGUAGCUAUAUCAGUCAAUUGUGUUGAUGGAGGGCCAUCUUGUCAAACAGCUAGAAAACUAGUACCUGUUGGUAUUUUUGAAAUUCAGAAAGAGUCGAAUGAACUUUUGCGUAAAACUUUACCAAAAGACUUUCUCGAUUCUAUUCAAUCUGUAAAACAUUUGAAAGUCACUCGAAAGAAAAGUGUAGCUGUUAAAGUUCGACUAGGAGGAGACUUUCAAAAUGCAAUCUAUGUGUUCGGUCUGGCUGGUGUUCACAGUAAUUAUCCUUGUGUUUUUUGUACACAGAGCAAGUCGUAUUUGCAUGUGACCGAGAAAAAUACAGAAUGUGAAGAAGAGAUAUGGGUAGGAACAGGAAAAAAUAAAAAGAAACAAAAAAAAAAGACCAUUGUUAAUCCUACCUCUUCGUAUGAUCCUACUCGUGGUGCUCGAUCUCUCAAAGAGAAAUGUGAGUGUCUAGCAAAAAAAGAGAAAACUGGGGCAAACAAUGAGCUGGGUUAUCAAUCUGAACCUCUCUUUGGAGAUUUGUUCGAGUUUAGCGAUUAUGUAAUUGACAGUCUUCACAUGCGAUUAAGAAUUUUUGAUAUUCUUCUGAAGGAUAUUUUAGCUGAAGCAUCACGAACAGGGGAAUAUGAACCAGCACACACCAGAAAAUUGGAAGAAAAAGUUGAAAUUUUAAACAAACAUUCUAUUGCUACUAUUGGAAAACGCUUUUUCUUCAAAAUUGAAACAGAGAAUAAUGUAAAAACGAUCGUAUCAUGUGGUCGUUUCUCCGGUCAUUUGCAAGAAGUGUUCUUUGUUGACUCAUUUCCUUAUGAAAAACUUAUUCAAAAUGAUAACAUUUCUAACAAUGCGAAAAAUUUAGUGAACAAAUUUAAGGUCAUCCUCCAACUUAUCAAGACAGAGAAAUCUAAAAGAAAAAGUAUUCUAGCUGAUGUUGCAAAGUCUUUUGUAAGAGACUUUCGUCAGUCAGGAUUGAGAACUGGAUGCACACCUUACAUGCACCUAAUUGGUACUCAUCUAGCUGAACAGGAUGAAAAUGAAAACUUGACGGCAUAUGACAUGCAGGGAGUUGAAAAGUCAAACGACUUACUGUCUCGUCUUUACUUUUCAUCCAGUAAUCGAGCUAAAACUCCACUGCGAACAAUGAUUCAAAAUUUGUAUAGACGACUUGAAAUGAACUUUAUAGAACCAAGUGAACGGGUAAAAAUGAGUCGUUAUGCUCUUAAGGGAACAUUCGACGAUACGGACAGCGAGGAGGACGACAAGGUCACAGAUACUGUAUUGAAUCAUUCUUUCGAUCCCAGCCAAUCGAUUGAAUAUUCUACUGAUGACAGUGAGGCAGAAGAAUCUGUUCUUCUAAGAGAUGAAGAGAAUCUGAAUCAAGUGCCGUCUUAUGUAACUCAAAACUAUUCUAAAACGAAUCGGGAAGAAAAUCGUUGGAAAAGCUUUAGAAAAAAAUAGACGU